AUGACCCUUCCAGUCGAGAAACUCGAGCUAUCCUCAACGACGCUCGCAGACCUCGCAUCCGUCAUCUCCUCCGGUCUGCGCAACAGCUUCUCCCGCUCCUCAUGCACUGUCACCAUCACUGCAGACCUCCGCCUGCCACCCUACCACCUCGCCGCCCCCGGCCUGUCCGGCUCCCCCCGCGUUGUCGACAUCGGCUCGCCGCCAUCUCCGCCCACCCAACCUCACCAAAAAAUACGACCUCCUCUCCAUCGCCAAACUGAUCGACCUCCCGCAAUCCCAAGGGCUGCUCAUCGGCGCCGGCGCGGCCCAUUUCACACGGUCGGCAAGAAUUGCGAACUUGCGCCGAAUAUCGCUUACUCGGACGGUGGUCGCAAGGUGGUGAAUCGGACGCACUAUACCAAAUUGGAGCCUGGGUCUGAUGGUUCGCUUGUUCCGCAAUGCUUGCAGAUUGAGGAGGAGAGCACGGGCUUCGCACUAAUGGCGAACCUUUACGGCAGCCAAGGCCUCCCCGGCGAAGCCCUGCACAUCACCGCCACAGCCCGUACAGGCUCACACGCCAGCUUCACGGACGCGAUUCAGGAUGCUAUUCGCGAGCACUACGGUCCCGACCAUCCGUUGAUCAGCUUGGGAGGCGUCUUUGUGCUCAAGCGCGGCAAAGCAAAUUUCCACGUCAUGCCCGAUUUCCCAGGUCCAAAGGAACCUGAAUUGGACAGCGAUGAAGCGAUUGCCAAGUGGUUGCGAUACUUCGACUUCGAGGCGCCGGUAGUGGCAUUGAGCGUUCUGCAUACGUGUGGUGAGGACGUGGUCAAGGAGCUGGGGUUGAGGGUCGAGCAUAGUCAUUGCUUUUCGGAGGCGGAGGAUGGGUCAAAGGACCAAGGGACUGGGAGAGGAGGGCAUUAUCACUACGAUGUGGAUGAGACGAAGGACGUUGUGGAGUAUGAGGGGUGGUUCAACGUUGCGGAGUGGGUUUAUAGGGUUGAUCGACCGGGGCCGGAGGUUUGA